AUGAAAGAAUGUCCAUUUACGAAUGUCAUUCCUUAUGGUUUAUUAUAUGAUAAAGCUAAAAAAGAGAAAAAUAAUGAAAUAUCAGAAAAUUACAUAAUUGAAGAGUUUGAUAAAUUAUUGAAAACUUAUGAAAGACCAAACAUUUAUGAUGAAAAUGGGAUAUUAAAAAUUAAUAAUGAGGAAGACUUAAUUGUAUUUCAAAUAGAUUUGGAUUACACAGUAGAAAAUAUAUUUAAGAAUAUGUUUUAUAAUGAAAAUGAUUCAAAUAAUAAUGUAUUAAAUAAUAUUUAUGAGCCAUAUAAAGCUUUAAUUAGUAAAGAUAAAAAUUAUGUAACUGUUCCUCUUAUUAGAAUUUUUGCUGUGACAAAUGAUGGUUGUAGUGUACUAAUUAAUAUUCACAAUGUUUUUCCUUAUUUUUAUAUAGAAAAACCUGAAAAUUUUGAAAAUGAUGAUAUAAUGAAAUUAGAAAUUCUACUAAACGAUCAUUUAAAUCAAAAUAAUCAAUAUAAAAAUUAUGAUAAAAAAAUAUUAAAAAUUGAAAUUGUUAAAACUGAAAGUUUGAUGUAUUAUAAGAGAAAUGGAAAAAGAGAUUUCUUAAAGAUAACAGUUUUAAUACCGAAAAUGGUUCCAACUCUAAAAAAAUAUUUAGAAGGAAUUAUAAACGUAAAUAAUAAAGAAAUAGGGGGAAUAGUUUAUGAAGCUAACUUACCAUUUAUAUUAAGAUAUAUAAUUGAUAAUAAAAUAACUGGGGCAUCUUGGAUAAAAUGUAAAAAAAAUAAUUAUUAUAUUAGAAGUAAAAAUAGAAAGAUAUCUAACUGCACUUUUGAAAUAGAUGCAAGUUAUGAAAGUAUAGAACCUCUUCUUAUAGAAAAUGAAUAUCAGCAAAUACCUAAAUUAAGAAUCUUAUCUUUUGAUAUUGAAUGUAUAAAACUUGAUGGAAAAGGAUUUCCAGAUGCACAAAAUGAUCCAAUAAUUCAAAUUUCAUCAAUUUUAUAUCUUCAAGGAGAUCCGAUUGAUCAUUCUAUAAAAUUUAUUUUUACACUUCAAGAAUGUGCUAGUAUACCCGGUUCAAAUGUUAUAUGGUUUAACGACGAAAAAUCUUUGUUAAAUGCAUGGAAUGAAUUUUUAGUUCGCUUAGAUCCCGAUUUUCUCACUGGAUACAAUAUUAUUAAUUUUGAUUUGCCAUAUAUUUUAAAUAGGGGAACAGCAUUAAAUUUAAAAAAAUUGAAGUACCUUGGAAGGAUAAAAAAUAUUAGUAGCAGUGUUAAAGAUUCUAGUUUUUCUUCUAAACAAUUCGGAAUGCAUGAAACCAAAGAAAUUAAUAUAACUGGAAGAAUACAAUUUGAUGUGUAUGAUUUAAUAAAAAGAGAUUAUAAAUUGAAAUCGUAUACAUUGAAUUAUGUUUCUUUUGAAUUUUUAAAAGAACAAAAAGAAGAUGUACACUAUAGUAUAAUGAAUGAUUUGCAACGUGAAAGUCCAGAAUCAAGAAAAAGGAUUGCAACAUAUUGUAUUAAGGAUGGUGUAUUACCUUUAAGAUUAAUUGAUAAGUUAUUAUUUAUUUAUAAUUAUGUUGAAAUGGCUAGGGUUACAGGUACUCCUUUUGUUUACUUAUUAACUCGAGGACAACAAAUUAAAGUUACAUCACAGUUAUACAGAAAAUGUAAAGAAUUAAAUUAUGUGAUUCCAAGUACAUAUAUUAAAGUUAAUACUAAUGAAAAAUAUGAAGGUGCUACAGUAUUAGAACCAAUAAAAGGUUAUUACAUUGAACCAAUAUCUACACUAGAUUUCGCCUCGUUGUAUCCAUCCAUUAUGAUUGCACACAAUUUGUGUUAUUCUACUUUAAUCAAAAAUAAUAAUGAAAUAUCUGAAUUAAAUGAUGAUGAUAUUACUGUUAUUCAAGGAAAAGGUAAUUUAAAGUUUGUAAAAAAAAACGUCAAAAAAGGUAUCUUGCCAUUAAUUGUAGAAGAAUUAAUAGAAGCAAGAAAAAAAGUAAAAUUACUUAUGAAAAAAGAAGAAAAUAGAAUCACACAAAUGGUUCUUAAUGGAAGACAGUUAGCUCUAAAAAUUUCAGCGAACUCAGUAUAUGGUUAUACAGGUGCCUCUUCAGGAGGUCAAUUACCUUGUCUUGAAGUUGCUGUUUCUAUCACAACCUUAGGAAGAUGUAUGAUAGAAAAAACUAAAGAGAGAGUUGAAAAUUAUUAUAAUAAAAACAAUGGAUUUGAAUAUAAUUCCACCGUUAUCUAUGGAGACACAGAUUCAGUAAUGGUCAAAUUCGGAACUAAUAACAUUGAAGAGGCAAUGAGAUUAGGAAAAGAUGCAGCUGAAAGAAUUAGUAAAGAAUUUUUGCCACCAAUUAAAUUAGAAUUUGAAAAAGUAUAUUGUCCAUAUUUACUCUUAAAUAAAAAAAGGUACGCAGGGUUAUUAUACACUAACCCGUUAAAACAUGACAAAAUGGAUUGUAAAGGUAUUGAAACUGUUAGAAGAGACUUUUGUAUUUUAAUUCAGCAAAUGAUGGAAACAGUCCUAAAUAAAUUAUUAAUAGAGAAAAACUUAAAUAGUGCUAUUGAGUACACUAAAAGUAAAAUUAAAGAAUUGUUAACAAAUAACAUUGAUAUGAGCUUAUUAGUUGUAACGAAAUCUUUAGGGAAAACAGAUUACGAAACAAGAUUGCCUCACGUUGAAUUAGCAAAAAAAUUAAAACAAAGAGAUAGUGCCACUGCACCAAAUGUAGGUGACAGAGUUAGUUAUAUAAUUGUAAAAGGGUCUAAAGGGCAAGCACAAUAUGAAAGAGCUGAAGACCCGUUAUAUGUUUUAGAUAAUAACUUAUCUAUUGAUUACCAGCAUUAUCUUGAUUCUAUUAAAAAUACCUUAUCUAGGAUAUUUGAAGUUAUAAUGCAAAAUUCAGAUUCCUUAUUUUGUGGAGAACAUACUAGACAUAAAACAAUUUUAACAUCAAGCCAAACAGCAUUAUCAAAAUUCUUACAAAAAUCAAUUAGAUGUAUUGGGUGUAAUAGUUCAAUUAAAAAACCACCAUUGUGCAAUCAUUGUAAAUCUAAUAAAGAAUUUUCAAUUUAUAUGCAAAAAAUUAAAGAAUUUAAAAAUAAACAAAACGAAUUCUUUCAGUUGUGGUCAGAAUGUCAACGUUGUCAAGGUAAUUUGCAUGUUGAUGUUAUAUGUAUGAAUAGAGAUUGCCCUAUUUUUUACAGAAGAGCAAAAAUAAAAAAGGAUGUAGAUAAUUUACAAAAACAAGUAUCGUCAUUAAGAAUUGAUUGGUAA